AUGGAGAUCCUGCAGCUAUGGAUGUAUUCUCUGCCCUCUAAGAUGCUCUGGUUAGGUUCUCUUGGUCAUGAUGCCUCUGAAUCUGUAGUUAGAAUGCAACUUGAAGACUUUGGCCCCAUUGAGCAAUUUCUGUUCUUUUCUAGCAAAGACUUUGCUUUGAUUGAAUAUAGAAAUAUUAUGGAUGCUGUAAAAAGCACGGAGUACAUGCAAGGAUCCUCCCUGUGGGUGGCUGCCUUUGAUGUGCGGAAAGAGACUAGGCGCAAUGUAUUAUCAAAUAAAAGCUUGACGAUAAGUACAGUUAUAGGGGAAAGGCCUGCUUCUGGUUGUCAGCUCAUGGUGAGCCAAAUAGAUGCUUCUGUCUCUGAUGAAGAGUUGAUUAAUGCUUUUUCAAGAUUUGGUGAGCUUACUGGAUGGCAAUGGUGUAAGUUUGGGCUUAUGUCUAUUGAGGUUGAGAUCAGAUCAGACCACCCUGCCCAUGGUAAUAUACUAUCACCACAUGUGCAGACUUCACAUGAAAGCCCUGCUGACAGUUGCAGGAAAAGAAUAUCACAGUUAUCUUCUUUAUUUUCAUCUUUAUGUAUGAAAUAUAAAAUUGACCAGAGUUCAAGCUCGUAUGCUUGCCAGAAAUUAAAAGAUUAUUAUGCAAUCAACGUGAGAGGUGAAGAUAGAAUUCCAAUAAACACUGUAUGGAUUGGUUUGCCCGCUAUGCCCUCCCCCUUUCUUACAGAUGAUGAGUUGAUGUCGAUAUGCAAACUUGCCAUCAACGGUCUUGGUUCAGUGGUUAGAAUCGUUAGAUUGAAGCGAGAGAACAUGCAAAAUUCUUGUUGGCUUGUGGAGUUCAACAGUGUGGAAGCAGCGGCUACAGCAUUGAAAAAUAUUCGGGAUUGUCCUGGUGUGUUCCUGCAAAUUGAGUUUAGAAAUCCUAAAGUUUCUUCGUAUCAUGAUGAGCUACAGUUUGCACCGUACUUGCCAUCUCAUGGACCUGUCUUCUUGGAAAGUAAACCUGGCAAUCAGUAUCGCAGCUCUUAUUCAGAUAAACCAAAUAUUGUUACCCAUGAACUUGUUUCACCAAGAACAGACACGGAAAGGUUUGCCGGUCAAGUACACAACAGGCCUCCAUAUGGUUCAAACUGGUCUGCUGCAGGAAGUGCGGAGAUGAUGGAAGCCAGGCCUUCAUUUUUCUGGAACCUCCACGGCGGUGAACAUUCAUGGCAAUAUAAGAAGCUGGAAACCGAACCUCCAGUGUCAGGUCCUGGGAGGCUACCAUGCCCACCUCCUGUUACAUAUGGAGGCUCGACAAUCCCACCACCAAUGCCACCAUUCUCAUAUCCACGCCCUUUCUAUCCUACUCAAAACAGCUCUUGGGACAACUAUCAUCAAAAUCGCUCCCACCGGUGA